GCAGGAUGGAAGCAAUCCUAGGGUAACGAAUCGCCAGGCUGGCCCCAAGUCGAGUCAGGUGAAUGGCAGACAAAUCCAGUUAGUCGAGGCCGCUCGCAGGGAGAGGUAGGAGCUUCAGAAGCUCCCCUUCGCCAACCAAAGAUGCAGCGGAGUGAGGGAUGGAGCCGUGGUGCAGACGAAGCUGAUGGCGAAUUUCGGGUGCUUGAGGGAAUUUCAUGUCGAGAUUCCUGUCGGUUUUCGAGGCACGUGUCAUGGACUUGCCUGACGAGGCUAGGGCCCGAACCUUAAGCUGGGAGCUGCUCGUUACGGGCAUCGCCCAGCCCUUAAGGCUCCCGGGGAUGAUGCCCUAGAAAAAGCGCCCCUGGAGCAGCAUCGUCCUCCCCGAACGAAUCGCCAUGAAGAGCCUGGCGGGCCCGAAAUUUGAUCCCCUAGACCCGGGCUCGGGCACCUGGAACUUGUUCUUUCCGGCCCAUUUUUUCCAUGCCUCCCACGCGAGGCUGACGCAACAAAAGUCCACUGCGAAUCAUCAUUUGAGACACGCAUUCAAUGACAAACAUAGCACGGAUUACUACCCUCUCUGCAUCGUUCCCUACCAAUCUAUGAAUGAAUGAAGAACUUCCACCAUGACGCAAAGGAGUAAAGAUCAACCUCGUCCAUGAAAGCUGACUCUCUUGCAGCGGAAAUGCCUCCUCUCUCUACAACGAAGCCAACCACUUCGCCCCAUGUCCCUCGCAUUCCUAUAGACCACCAGGAACCGUCUACCGAACAGUCCUUGGAAGUGACAUGGGCUAAUCUGUUCUAUUCAAACUCGGCGACGCGGGAUGAGAAUCACGCGUCCUGGGCAUUGCUCAGCCUUUGAUUCAAUCUGCGCAAAAUCAUUUCAUGACCAACUACUCUCCAGCGAAGACCUCGUACAAGCCUUUCAAGUUCAUCUCUGUUCCUCUUAGGAUCUAUGUCAGGCACUCGUUCACAUUGUUGUCUCUUAAGGCUGAUGGCGAGAGAGAAAGGAAAGGCAACUCGUUGAUGCGGGCAUAAGAGCAGGAGAGACGAUGCUGGGUAUAUACAUUUGUAUAUAGCAACAUGGGUUUCCCCCGUUCGCCGUCUACGUUCGAUUACUUCAUUGGCCCCAGCGGAUGCAAGCGACAGCCGCUCCAAAACAAUGCUAGCAGCUUUAUAUUCUUCGAUGGUUGCUGACUGCCCGGCUCCUACUGAAACCUGACAUCGGGGACCUGAACAUAACCUGUCUAAAGUACCAGACACCCAAAGAUCCGACCGGCCACUGUGCUGAUGGCGCGAACCUGAUCCUCCAAGUCUUCCGACUACCAACCAUCCUCGCUAUCCGACCCAACGGAGUUAGCCGAGCUUCGAAUGAACACCGAUGCCUCCGCGCAACCGUGCAUGUCAGACAUGUCGCCAAAAAAGGCGAAAAUGUGAUUUUACCCUCCCAGAAUGCCAACAGUGUCUUCGAGCAAAUCAGAUAUGCCCAGGACCUCAUAAGGGACCAAUAUUCAUCAACCAGACACAAGUUGUCACUAAUAAAUAUGCUGUCAAAGCAUGUUGGAGUACGAAGAAGUGUCUGCCCAAGCAGGUUUCAUCGGAGUUGAUCGUCUCAGAAGCAUUUGUCGGUCAUUUUGUCUUGUCGUGUACCUCGUUCGGCACAGGUCUGACCACAAUAUCAUGGCUGUCCGCACUCAACAAAUUACCAGAGCAGAGUGGCACCCCGGCAUUCAGCCUUGCUUUACGAGCGACCGCAUUGGCAUAUUGUGCCCAGGCAGAGCAAAACUGGUCGGCAACGGCCAAAGCUCGUUCUGACUAUGGACGUGCUCUUGUUCUGCAUGCAAAGACCAUAGCACAGAACCCAGACUUGUCCAUGCUUUCUAUGCUCGGUACCUCCAUCAUCAUGUCGUUCUUUGAAGCUGUGUCCACAACCACAAGCCAAGCUUAUGAGGAGCAUCUCGGAGCCGCACGAAAAUUGCUGGCCGCUGCAAGGGAGCAAGAACAGUACAAUGCCAUCCUGGAUGGCAUUGAAUUGCACAUACAAUAUCAGAUCGCCUUCAGGUUGAUUGUUGGUUACACGCUAUGCGAACAGACCACCUCGAAACGAACAUCAGAAUAUGUCUUGCAAAUCGACCCGCUUGCUAAUCUGCUCGUUGAUCUCAGCAAGAUCUACGCACGCAAAUUCCACAAUAUCGCUUCCGUCGUGGAAUCGAUUGAAGUCGGAUUCAUGUCGAAGGUCGUGACAAUCUGCAAAGAUCUAGAAGCCAAUCUUUUUGCCAAGGUCACCACGCUUCCAUGGGAAAAGGAUACCGAACUGGAAUACGAUGAUGCUAUCGCCGCAAUCACGCUUGCAAGUCUGAACUCUCUGAGGAUGCUUGUCCUUCUGGUUUCCAACACAAAUCUUGGUGGUGAGGUGCGUGAAUCACUGAAAGCUCGUGGGGCUACGAUUUUACAGGCUGCUACCUACCUGGCGAGACAUGAAAUUCGCUGCGCCUGGCUACGCAUGUACCUUCCAUUGACCUUGGUUGCCAUGCACAGUCCCGUAUCCGCUCAGCAAGCACAGGCCGACACCCUCCUCAGAGACUGGCUCGGAAAGACACCUCUAGCUGGGCUAAGUCUGGCAGCAACUGAAAGAGUCCGAAUGUUUCGCGCAAUGUGCAGUGGCUAUAAAUGAUUUGAUUUAUCCAUGACUACGGAGGAUUCUUGUGAAUAGCUAGGUAUGUGAUCUUAUUCGGGCUGUCUGGACGGGGCAAACGUGAAUAUUAUCACCCACUUACCCAUACGAGGUCAGGCAAUCACUACCAAGACCGCCUCGUUCCCAAUCUGGAUUGUCCAUCAACCCCCGUCUUGAACAGCCUAAACUUUUGUAGUGUUCUGUGUCAUGAACCAAGUCGCUCCUGCGACGGUCAAUUUCGCCUCCUCUGCAAAUUUGGCCACGUCAAAGUUGAAACGAUACGUGUUGCUGAAUUGCGUGAAAUUGGCCGGCAGACGGAAUGUCUUUUGCGGCUGGUCGAAUGCGAGGAUGACAUAUCGGUGCGGCCCAGAUCCCGGAGGUGGCUGAGGCAUAUAGUACGGCGCGACGGCGGUGUCAGCGGGUGCAGAGAAGUUGCUUGAGAUGGCAGGGAGCCUGGCGGGGAUGGAUUGCUGCAGCCAAUGCAGGAGAGGGGACAGGCUGCGGUUCGCGGCGCCAUCAGGCGCAUCCAGGUCGACCAUCAGGACUAGAUGGGUGUCUUGCGGCGGACCACAGCCCGGAAAGCAGAUGCUUGGAGAGACCGCCGUGUCUGUUUGAGACAAGAGGAUGAGCCUACCGCACAACGUCACAAUUUGGACGAGACAUACCAGCAAGAGGAACAUGCUUUCCUGGAGUGAUCUCGAGAUUGUCGAACGAGGCGUACAGGGCUUUAUUGGUGCUGGGAGAGAAGCCCGGCGGCGUUUGACAGCAAGCCAGUCUUCCAUGGGAGACAAGGAGGGCGAGCAACGAGCUGCAAGUGGAGAGCUUCAUUUCGAAGGGCAGAGUCGAGAUUCGGAAUCAAGUGGACUUGUGGGUGAGUCGUUGGAUUGAGAAUCGAGGUUGGAGGAAAUGUGGCCAGCAGACGGGCUAGUUACUGCCCUUCGACCUUGAUAUAUUCCAUCUACGGAGCAACAACAUCCCAGAGCACCAUUGAUUCUGUAUCGCAGUACGCCCGUAAUGCUGUGCGCAACUCCAAUGUCCCGUGAAAUUGUCUCUUCACCGCAGCCUGGUUGUAGGGAUACCUACCAUUUUAGGACCAAAGGUCCGUUCCUCUAGCCCCAACGAAAAUGCUUUCAUAUCGA